AUGAACCUUGCUAGCUACCUCAUGGUCUACCGCUCCCUCGUGCCCGAUCGCACUGAGCGACCGCUGCCACCAUUGCUCUGGCUCAUGUGCGCCUAUGUCUGCGUAGGCGCCAACUCACAGGCGUUCACCGGCAGCGGCGCGCUGGUGACGUGCGUCAGGAAAUUCCACGAGGCCCGUGGCACCGUGCUCGGCCUACUCAAGGGCUACGUCGGCCUCAGCAGCGCCAUCCUCACACAAAUCUACCUCGCCCUCUACGGCGGUCGUGACGCCCGGUCACUCGUCCUGCUCAUCGCCUGGCUCCCCGCUGUCGUUGUUAGCUUGAAUAAGUUAGUUUUAACCUUGAUGUAA